AUGUGGCAGAUCCCUUGCGUGAAGCUGAGAAAGCCGCCGUCAUCGCGUGAUCUACAACAGCAGAGCAAGCGUUCUCUUCAAUCGGGCAAAUCGACAAUGACAGGAGACUCGAAGCUCACGGAGUCUAAUUUUGGCGGCUACGAGAUUUAUUUCUUGGAGAAUGAAGCUGUCUUGACAACGAAAUAUCCAGCAACUGGACUCACAGAGGAAGACAGAUCCAGGUUCCCGCAGAUGAGAAAACUGGACCAUGACAAUGUAAAUCGAUUCAUUGGGCUAUCAGUCGAUGGUGCAGAAUACGUAGCAAUUUGGCGUAUGUGCACCAGAGGCACUCUACAGGAAAUAAUCUUGAAAGGUUCAUUACUGAUUGAUCCUUUCUUUAUGGUGUGCAUAAUAAGAGAUGUCGCUGAGGGUCUUCGAUACCUGCACAGCUCAUUCAUCGCCUCACAUGGUCGUCUCCGCUCGGAAUGUUGUUUGGUAACAGACACUUGGCAAGUUAAGAUAUCGGACCACGGUACCACGUCAUUGCGAGAAGAGGAUCUCCUCAAGAAAAAACGUCAACUAUAUAUGGCCCCGGAACAUCUUCGAUCUCCUGAGACGUCUGCUAAAGCAUCCAAAGAAGGCGAUAUAUACUCGUUUUCUAUCGUUGCUUCGGAGGUUGUGACGCGAAGGCCAGCGUGGAACGAGCGGGAAGAACGAACCGACGAGUUGCUGUAUAUGCUCAAGAAGGGAGGGCCUGCACCACCAAGGCCUGAUCUCAGUACCGACGGCGAAAUCAAUACGGCAGUGGUAUAA